ACCCCACUAGAAUCCCUGCCUCUCCAAGUUCCAACUUCCAACCGCUGUGAGUGUUAAACCCCAAAACCCUAACUCCGCUCAUUCUCCGCCCAGUGCUCCAAUGGCCUCUCGCUGCAGAUCUUUCUCGAAGCCGGCUUUUUCUCUUCUCAAAUCUGCCGUCAACAAACCGGCGUUCAAGGCCACUCCCAUGUCUUCUCUCCCCUCCACCCGCCCUUCAAUCAAUCUCUCAAGGCCGAUUCCGCAGUUGGGUUGUCUACAAUCUCUGCUUCCAUUUCACACGGCGGUGUCUUCAGCUCGGCUCACGUCGUGCCUUGGCAUUGACUCUAGGAGCUCAAGGUCGUUGUCUCAGGGUACGCUUGGUGCAAACCCAGGAGUUUGAUUUCUCCAAUGUAUUGUAUUUAUUAUCUAACUAGGUCUCAGCGUGCCUCGAUAAGAGAUUGAAGAAGUUGGAAGAUAGAGGCCAAUGGAUCAGUCUCAUCACCUCUGCUACCAGCAAGUCCUUUUCAUCAUCCAUUGGAGUUAAAUUCUAAACAGUUUUGUAUCCUGAAGAUGUAGCACAGUAGCUGCGAGAAAUGAAUUCUCUGACUCGUUGCUAUAAUUUUUUAAAUUCUCCCUCAAAUAUUUUGUUUACCUUCCCCAUGGCUACCACAGAAAUUUCCAUUAUACACCGAUGUACACUCACUCAUGCAUGUCAUACAUUGCAGCGUAGUAGAAUUUUCGGGAUUUUUCGUAUACUCUAUAACGGCACAGCAGCAAUGUAGAGGAGAAAAUAAUAGUGAUGAUUUUGUUAAAUUUCAAAGGGUGAUAUUUUGACGU